CAAAAAAGACAAUGCUGCCACUAUUCACAUGAAUAGUGGCAGCCCUUACUUGCCCUUACCCUUCCCUUAGCCCUUAUAGGUGGAGAUGCUCUAAAUACUUUUAACUUUUUACUAAGAAUGGGAGGCACGGAAAGGCUAGGUGGGUGGUGAGGGAGAUGCAAAGACGGCUAGGUGGCAUCGAUAGCACAAGGAAGACGGGGUAGAGGGGUUAGGGUAAUUAAUGUUGAAGGGUAAACUUGUAAGACAAAGUCCAGGUGUAAAUUUUUUUUAAUUUUUUUUUUUAAAAAGGACACAUGGCAGAUUUUGAGUGGGAGUAUCACUAGCUAACGUGGUGAUACCGUAUCACUCUAUAUUUUAGGAGGCAAAUCAAUAGUUAACCCAUUAACUAUGCUGAAGCUUUCAACGGUUCAGAUUAAACCACAUCUCCAAUGCUUUAGCUGAACUCUUUAGAGGCCAAAACGACGUCGUAAGGGGUAAAAUGUGAAGUGACCCAACACUCUAUGUAUGCCAUCUCCCCUUCUUUAUGGACUAACGAUAUUUCAGUCCCUAUACACAGUAUUCCUCUCACUCUCUCCUCUCUCUUCUCUGAGGCCUUAUGCUCUGAGUCUGCAAACCCCAACUACCUACCUACUUGUUUGUAGGACGUCGAGAGCAGAGGAAGCCAAAUUCAAUCAAAACCUCUCUCUCUCUCUCUCUCUUCCUCCCCAAAUGUCAGUGCAUUGCUACAGAGCACCAUAAAGUUUGAAUCUUAUCUCAGGUGUUGAUUUGCUUUUUCAUUGGCAAAAGUAUCCUCAAUUUGGUCACCACCAUGCAACAGGUUUUCAAAUUAUUUGUCUCCUAAUUGCGAUGCUCUACUUACUCUGAUACUUAAUUCAUAACUGGUCUCUUGACUGAGACUCUGGAGGUUUUAUCUUUGUUUUGAAAUAAUGACUUUGGUGGCCAAAAGUCGCUCAGCUUCUUUCCAGUUCUUCUCCUUUCUCCUUCAUCUCCCUUCAGUGCAAAUCCACCGCCACUGCUCUUCACUCUCCACCAACCUCCUUCAUGACCCAAAUGACGAGGCAAAACACUCAAAUGAUGCCGAAUUAAUAUCAAAGAUCCUUGUCCACCACCACAAUCCCUUCCACUCCAUGGAGUCUUCUCUGCAGCUCCACGGCAUCACUCUCUCUCCUCAGCUCCUCAACCACACCCUCCUGCGCCUCAUCCACAAUUCCAAAAUUGCCCUCGCCUUCUUCAACUAUGCCAAGUCCCUCCCCGACCCUCCUCUCUCCACCGCCUCCUUCAACCUCCUCAUUGACAUCCUCGCCAAGGUUCGCCAGUACGACGUCGCUUGGCAGCUCAUCCUCGAAAUGGACAACUUCAACCUCACCCCCACCGCCUCCACAUUUCUCAUCCUCAUUCGGCGGUUGAUCUCCUCCGGCCUCACCCGCCAAGCCGUUCGGGCCUUUGAGGACAUGGAAACCUUCGUCCAAACCAAACCCAGUAGCCAAGAUUUUUGCUGUUUGCUUGAUACCCUUUCCAAAUACGGCCAUGUUAAAGUUGCAGCUGAAGUUUUUAACAAAAAGAAGAAUGGGUUUGUGCCUGACGUCAAAAUGUACACUGUUUUGGUCUAUGGGUGGUGUAAGAUUGGUCGUUUUGAUAUGGCGGAGAGAUUCUUGAGGGAUAUGAUUGAGCGUGGUAUUGAGCCCAAUGUUGUAACUUACAAUGUCUUCUUGAAUGGUAUUUGUAGGCGUGCGAGUUUGCACCCUGAGGAAAGGUUUGAGAGGACGAUAAGGAAUGCAGAGAAGGUGUUUAAGGAAAUGUGGGAGAGAGGGAUUGAGCCUGAUGUCACUAGUUUUUCAAUUGUGCUUCAUGUUUAUAGUCGGGCACAUAAGCCCGAGUUGUCACUUGAAAAGCUGAAGCUGAUGAGAGAGAGAGGGAUUUGCCCCACUCUGGAAACUUAUACUUCAGUUGUAAAGUGUCUUUGCUCAUGCGGGAGACUUGAGGAUGCAGAGGAAUUGCUUGGUAAGAUGGUGACGAGUGGGGUUAGUCCAUGUGCAGCGACGUACAAUUGUUUCUUCAAAGAAUACAGGGGGAGAAAGGACAGCGAGGGUGCUUUGAAGCUGUACAGGAAGAUGAAGGAGGAGGGUUUGUGCGUGCCCAGUAUGCACACUUAUAACAUACUGGUGGGAAUGCUUUUGGAAUUGAAUCGUAUGGAGAUUGUGAGAGAGAUAUGGAAUGAUAUGAAAGAGAGUGGGGUAGGACCCGAUUUGGAUUCAUAUACCAUGUUGAUUCAUGGGUUAUGUGGGAAACAAAAGUGGAGAGAGGCUUGCCAGUUGUUUGUAGAGAUGAUAGAGAAGGGGCUUCUCCCUCAGAAGAUUACUUUUGAGACGCUUUACAAAGGGCUAAUACAAUCUGAUAUGUUGAGAACUUGGAGAAGAUUGAAAAAGAAGCUUGAUGAAGAGUCUAUUUCAUUUGGAUCAGAGUUUCAAAAUUAUCACCUUAAGCCAUAUAGGAGAUGAUAUGCCAUCUACAUGCCACUUUAGGAUGCAGUGUUUACAUGCGACUUUAGGAUUCAGCCCGACAUAACUUGGGUGCUCCAUGUAUUAUGCUUGCCAUAGAUGAACAAGCACCCAUGGAAUGGCCUCAGAGAACGUCCAAAUUUAUGACCAAAUAUGAAUGUGCCAGAAUCUUGGGUACCCCCGCUGUGCAGAGCAGCAUGAAUGGCCCUAUGAUGGUUGAGUUGCAGGGCCUGAUCCAGUUGAGAGUGAUUGUUCUGCUUUGCCUACUGGAUAUGACAAGGAUGAGAGAGUUAUGGCACAGUUGCCUCUGCACUGGUAGACCAAAAUAAAUCUCAUCACAUAGUUUCACUUCAUCAUCAGUUGGUUCAGCCCUUGCAUGACCUUCUGUUGGGGGAAUUGUCUUCUGAACCGUCGGAUCAAUGCUGUGGCUCCGUCGAGAAUUUGAAUUCGAUUGCCAGACAUGCUGAAGCCGGUCCACGGAUGAUAUGGUUACAGGAGAGGAUUGGGGCAAUAGGUCAAGGCCGUAACUUGUUGAAUUUCAUCAUUUCAAGGGAGUGCUAUAUAUUCCUAGUGAAAAAAGGAAAGCAUGUAAUGGCAGGAUCCCUUUGAUUCAUAAAAUCCUAGUAGUUUUGUUUAUUAUUGGUGAACUUGCUUGGUUCGGUAUAUUUCCUGAUGAUAUGCAGGUACUUUUGUGCGUAAUGAAUUUAUGCAGAAAGAAAUCCUUCAUGUGGAGAAUUUUUAUUGAGUAGUGUGGGAGUAUUGUCGGGUCAAUUCAAAAUCAAUUCACAAUGAAUAAAGAUCGUGUGAACUCUUAAGUUGAUAAAUGAGAUCGAAUUUUGCAGUUUUUUUCC